GAGGAGGAGCACUUCCCCGCCCCCUUCGUUUCGGGACGCCUGGCUGGCCGCUCGCUUGGGCCACCGCUGGCUGCGUGCUGAGGAGCAGCGGCUGCCUGGCCGGCGCGCCAAGUGAGGUGCGCGCCCACCAGGCAGACUCAAGGGCUCCCCCUUUCUUCCCGCAGGCAGCCUCCGCCGUGGCCAGUGUGGGGCGCGGAGUCCUCUCGGAGAAGGCGGAGCGGCAGCUUCUCCCUCUCUCCCGACUAGGAGCGAGCGCUGGUCGGGCAAACAAGCAGGAAGGCAGCAUCCUUGGGAAACGCCAGCCGCCGCCGCCGCCGCCACCACCUUCUUAGCCAGGCGAAGAGGCAAGAGAGACCACAAAGGGCUCUUUGUGCGGUGGCCCCUUCGUCCUUCUUUCUUGGCCGGCGCCAGCAUGGGGACAGGCAGAGCCACCUUCUUAGUCCUGCUGGCGGCGUCGGCGCUUCUUCCCCUCGGCGCUGCAGGUGAAAUGGAGAUACCAGAUUCUGAUGAUCCUUUAGGCCAAAUGGAUGGGCAUGACAGACCAGUUCCAACACAUAAAGGUUACUUUUUGUUCUUUGUGGAACCAGUAAACAAUAUCACCAUAGUCCAGGGCCAGACGGCAAUUCUCCACUGUAAAGUAGCAGGAAAUCCAUCCCCAAAUGUCAGAUGGUUAAAAAAUGAUGCGCCAGUGGUUCAGGAACCAAGAAGGAUCAUCAUAAGGAAAACAGACUAUGGCUCACGAUUAAGAAUCCAAGAUCUGGACACCACUGACACUGGUUAUUAUCAAUGUGUGGCCACAAAUGGAAUGAAGACAAUCACUGCAACAGGAGUUCUGUUUGUAAGGCUGGGUCCAACACACAGCCCGAAUCAUAAUUUUCAGGACGAUUACCAUGAAGAUGGGUUUUGCCAGCCUUACAGGGGAAUUGCUUGUGCUCGAAUCAUUGGCAACAGGACCAUUUAUGUGGACUCCCUCCAGAUGCAAGGGGAAAUCGAAAACCGAAUUACUGCUGCAUUUACUAUGAUUGGCACAUCUACCCAUUUAUCUGAUCAGUGUUCCCAGUUUGCCAUCCCAUCUUUCUGCCACUUCGUGUUUCCUCUCUGUGACGAACGUUCUCGAACACCUAAGCCAAGAGAACUAUGUCGGGAUGAGUGUGAAGUUCUGGAGAAUGACCUCUGUAGGCAGGAGUACAACAUUGCUAGGUCUAAUCCACUCAUUCUGAUGCAACUCCAACCACCUAAGUGUGAGGACCUGCCACUUCCAGAAACCUUGGAAGCUGCCAACUGUAUAAGAAUCGGAAUACCUGUGGAGCGGCUCAAUAGAUAUCACCAGUGUUACAAUGGAUCUGGAGCAGAUUAUAGAGGGACCAUCAGCGUCACAAAGUCAGGCCACAAUUGUCAGUAUUGGGACUCUCAGCGUCCUCAUUCCCAUGACUUGACAAGCACAGAGUUUCCAGAACUUGGAGGGGGACACGCAUACUGUCGCAAUCCUGGAAGCCAGAUGGAAGGUCCCUGGUGUUUUACUCAAAACAAAAACGUACGCAUGGAACUGUGUGAAGUACCUUCUUGUAGUCCACGUGACAACAGCAAAAUGGGGAUCCUCUACAUCCUGGUUCCCAGCAUAGCCAUCCCUUUGGUUAUUGCCUGCCUUUUCUUCUUGGUGUGUAUGUGCAGAAACAAGCAGAAGACUUCUGCUACUACUCCACAGCGUCGCCAGCUGAUGGCAUCUCCUAGCCAAGAUAUGGAAAUGCCUCUCAUUAAUCAGCAUAAACAGAUGAAAUUAAAAGAGAUCAGUCUCUCCACUGUGAGGUUCAUGGAGGAGCUGGGUGAAGAGAAGUUUGGAAAAGUUUAUAAGGGUCACCUGUUUGGUACGACUCCAGGCGAGCAAACACAAACAGUUGCCAUCAAAACCCUCAAGGAUAAAGCAGACUUAACUCUCCGAGAAGAAUUUAAACAUGAAGCAAUUAUGAGGUCAAGGUUACAGCACCCAAAUGUAGUUUGCAUACUGGGAAUAGUGACCAAAGAGCAGCCCGUCAGUAUGAUUUUUAGCUAUUGUUCCCACAGUGAUCUGCACGAGUUCCUAGUUAUGAGAUCCCCUCACUCUGAUGUUGGCAGCACCGAUGAUGACAAGACGGUGAAGUCUACGUUGGAGCCAGCUGAUUUUUUCCACAUUGUGACUCAGAUAGCAGCAGGAAUGGAAUACCUCUCAAGCCACCAUAUUGUCCACAAAGAUUUAGCCACUAGAAAUGUAUUGGUGUUUGACAAACUCAAUGUGAAAAUAUCUGAUUUAGGUCUUUUCAGGGAAGUUUAUUCUGCUGACUACUAUAAAGUAAUGGGAAAUGCUCCUCUACCUAUACGAUGGAUGUCCCCCGAGGCAAUUAUGUAUGGGAAGUUUUCUAUUGAUUCAGACAUCUGGUCUUACGGAGUGGUAUUGUGGGAGAUCUUCAGCUAUGGCUUGCAACCUUACUGUGGCUAUUCCAACCAAGAUGUAAUUGAGAUGAUAAGAAAUAGGCAGUUUUUGCCAUGUCCUGAUGACUGCCCCGCGUGGAUGUAUUCGGUGAUGUUAGAAUGUUGGAAUGAAUUUCCCAAUAGAAGACCAAGAUUUAAAGACAUCCACAACAGACUGAGAACAUGGGGCAACCUGUCUAAUUACAACAGCUCUGCACAAACCUCUGGUGCAAGUAACACUACACAAACCAGUUCCCUCAGCACAAGCCCUGUUAGCAACGUCAGCAACACUAGGUACGUUGGACCAAAACAAAAAACACAAGCUUUCCCUCAGCCACAGUUCAUACCAAUGAAAGGACAGAUAAGGCCUAUGGUCCCACCUCCUCAGCUCUACAUUCCUGUCAAUGGCUACCAACCAAUGCCAGCCUAUGGAGCCUAUUUGCCAAAUUUUUAUCCUGUGCAAAUCCCAAUGCAGAUGGCUCCUCAGCAGAUGGCUCCUCAGAUGAUUCCAAAGCCAGGGUCCCAUCAUAGUGGGAGUGGUUCCACGAGCACGGGAUAUGUAACAACAGCCCCCUCCAAUGCCUCGGUGGCCGACAGGGCUGCUCUGCUGUCUGAAGGGACAGAUGAUGUGCAUGUGACAGAUGAUGUUGUUCAGAGCCUGGUCCAGGAAGAGGAGGAAGAAGAAGUUUCAGUGCCUGAAACAGAGUUAUUGGGUGAUAAUGACACUCUUCAAAUGGACGAGGCAGAGUUUCAGACAGAAGCUUAAAGAUGUUGCCUUAUUACAAAGACAAAACUGAAUGUCUCUUCAGUCCAUUGGAGACUGUAGUCCUUCUGACUUUUAUAAUCAAUGUUUUCCUUCAGACUUUUAUACACUCCUUAAUAAUCCCAAACCAUCUAAAGUGCAGCAAUAAUGACAUUUCAUGUUUAAGGACUUUUCUUUCCAGCAGAUGUAUGCAAACGUGAAGAUGUGGAAUUGCUGUUUAUAAAUCUAGGGUUAAUUACAGUUCUUGCAGGGAGGCUGCUUUUAUAAUAUACUGUUGCUGUGCAACAUAUAGUGGAAAUGCAUUGCACAUCAUGUAUAUCUUGAACUCUGAUUGUAAUUUUUAUUUUGGUUAAAUCAGUAACCAAAAACAAAAGAGGUGAUCAGCCAUAACACACAGGGUUGUUCUGCCUGUGAUGAGGUGCCCAAGAUGUAAUGGACAUUUAUCUCAAUGAUACAGUUGAUAUGUAAAAGGGUUAUUCAGAUAUAGGUAAGAUACAGGUAAGAAUAUUAUUACAAAUUUGAAAUAUAGCUAGAGUUCAGGUAAGAAAGCAGAAUGACUUGUAUGCAUUUAUCUCAGUGACUGAGCAUUGCAAUUUUUUCCUGCAGGAAUCAAUUUAUUUCUAUUAUGAAUGAAUUGAAGUCUGGCAUAUGUUUUAGAAGCAAAUAUAUUUUGCUAACCAAAAGAAGUGACUGGGUAGGCUGUGCACUAACUGAAUAAACCAGCCUCUUUCACUGGCUUAUUUGUAGUCAAAUUCUGACAAAGGGCUCAGAAAUACAUCAGCAUAUAUUAUUGAUCGCAUUGAUCAAUAAAGAUUUUAAAUUCAUUUUGGUUUUAGUUAAGAUGGUGCUAGAUAAAUAACCUUUUUGUUUUUCUAAAAAAAUUUUUUUGGUAGAUCUUUAAAGACCAAAAUAAGCAAUAUUGUAUAGAAUGUGUGGGUAUGUGUUUAAUGCUUUUUGUGAGAUAAAUCAUGUACAGACUUUGAAAUGUAAUUUAUGUUUUGUUACUUUUUUUUCAGCAUUUGAAUCUUUGAAAAGAAUGCCUAUAUAACUUAACGGUUUACAUUAUGAUUUGUAAUAUUUUAUUGGGAUUGGCAUUUGUAUGCUUUGGUAUGUUGAUAAAAACUGGUCCAUACAUUUCAUAGCUAAACAUUUCAUACAUUUCUGUAAUACAAAUAUUCUCUGAGACAUAUUAUAAUACAGUUUACAUACGCAUUAUAGUCCUAGACUGUAAAUCCAACACAUGGACUAUCUAACAAACCAGCAGAUAAAUAUUUGAUGAAUUUGUCAUAAGUUGUAAAAAAAAAUACACUGUAAAAAUGGAAACAUUGACAUUUCCAUUUUGUUAUGUUUUGCCAGAUAAACUCUCUUUGCAGAGUUCAUUUGGAUUAUUUGUGGUGCACCAUUGCAAUCUGCAGCCUGUAUUAGUGUCAGGAGAUGCUUAACUGGUUUCCAGUUUCUCUCUUGAAAUUGGCUAUGCACUGUUAGGGAAAUAAUGAAAAGCUCUCUUGCUUGUUAAUAUAAAUGCGAGUUGGAGACUAUUAAUAAAUCAUACAAAUAAA